GUCUACUGAUAUAUCUUUUCGUCGCCCCCAUGGUUUUUUACUCCAAAUCUGAAUUCUUGCAGGCAACUUUGCUUGAUGAUGAUGAUCAUCAUCCGCAGCUCUUCAAGCCAAAUAUUGGCGAAACAUCAGGAGAGAGCGGCAACCAAAUAGUCCAUCGUUGCUUGCAAAACAAUCCUCAGCGUCAACAAUAUAUCAAUCCUUCUGGGUUUUGCAAUUCAAAUUCUCCUGGCAAGUUGAGCUUCUCAGAUGCGAUGCGGUUCGUGGAUUUUGGGCCUGAGGUGGCCUUGAAUCAGACCAAGACCUCAUCAGAGGAAGAAGCCGGGAUUAAUCCUGUCUUCUUCUUGAAGUUUCCAGUCUUAAAUAAUGAUCAUUAUAUGUUGCCGGAGGAUGAGUCGUCUCUACUAAUGGUUAGUCCUCAUCAGCACGCAGUGGGCAUUCUGGAAGGUGGCGGCGGAGAAGCCGGCAGGGUUUCAGGCUCUUGCCUUCCAGAGAGCAAGAGGAGAAGACCAAGAGCCAUCAAGAAAAGCCAGGAAGUGGAAAGCCAGAGAAUGACUCACAUUGUAGUGGAGAGAAACAGAAGGAAGCAAAUGAAUGAGCAUCUUCGCGUUCUUAGAUCUCUCAUGCCAGCCUCUUACGUCCAAAGGGGAGAUCAAGCUUCGAUAAUUGGAGGAGCCAUUGAGUUUGUGAGAGAACUAGAGCAACUCCUGCAAUGCCUUGAGUCACGAAAGAGGAGGAGACUGUUGGGAGAAGCAGAAGCCCCAAAGCUUGCCAUGCCAGAGACUCAGCCGCCAUUGAUCUACCAGCAGCCUGCUCUAGUACUUGAAGAUCACGAUGACGAUCUGCUCAAUAGGGAUGCACUGGAGAGCAGCUGCAAGGGGGAGGAACAUUCAUCUGCAGCAGCAGCAGCAGCGGAGAGCAACUCGAGGUUGGCGGACGUGGAAGUGAAGAUGUUGGGGUUGGAUGCCGCCAUGAUCAACAUCCUCUCCACUAGAAGACCCCGACAGCUUAUUAACACCAUUGCUGCUCUUGAACAUCAUUUGCACCUUAUUAUCCUCCACACCAGCAUUACCACAAUUGACCAAACUGUUAUCUAUUCUUUCAAUGUCAAGGUUGGUGGUGAAGUAAGGUUCACGGCGGAGGAUAUAGCAAGUUCAGUUCAACAGAUAUUCAGCUUCAUCCAUGAUGCUUUGUUGAAUGUUACACCUGCAGCUAUAAUAAGGCACUGAGUAUACCUGCAGGUAUGUCAUUCCAUUGUUUGCUACGUAUGACAUGAUUGAUUACAGAAGUACCUGAAGACAUUUUUGUUCACCUCAAG